AUGUCGCGAACUAGAGUUCUGCUGGUCGGGGCUGCGGGCGAAACGGGCGGCUCCAUCGCGAACGGACUGCUUGAGAAUCCCGGCUUUGAAGUUCAUGCUCUCGUCCGUCCCCGGUCGGUUCAAAAGCCUGCCAUCGUAGCCCUCCAAGAGCGAGGCGUACAGAUUCGCAAGGGCGAUCUCAAGGGCCCUGAGGAGUCUCUCGCCGACGUGUUGACGGGAAUCGAUGUCGUUGUCAGCUGUGUCGGUCCUGCGGAACAGCAGGACCAAAUCCCUCUCGCUAAGGCUGCAAAGAGUGCUGGAGUUCAACGAUUCAUCCCAUGUGGCUUCAUCACUGUGGCACCACCUGGUGGAAUCAUGUGGUUGAGGGACGAGAAAGAAACAGUGUACAACCACAUCAAACAGCUCCGACUUCCUUACACCAUCAUUGACAUCGGUUGGUGGUACCAGCUUUCUUACCCCCGCCUCGGUUCCGGAAGGACCGACUAUGCCAUGACUACGGCGAACAACGAAAUAGUCGGUGAUGGCAACACACCUCUUGCCCUAACGGACCUUCGAGACAUUGGACGCUACGUCGCCAAGAUCAUUGUUGAUGACCGGACACUGAACAAGAUGGUUUUCGCCUACAACACGGUCCUUACACAGAAUCAGAUUUAUGACCUUCUGGAGGAGAUCAGCGAGGAAAAGAUCCAAAGGAAUUAUAUCCCUGAAGAGACUAUCUACACAAGGGUGCUUGCAGCUCGGCAGUCCAGUGAGACCUAUCCCUUCGAUCCUGUCAAGUUCAUUCCCCGAUACCUGGCCGAAAACCAACUGUCAUGGGGUGUCCGCGGCGACAACAAUCCUGAGUACGCCAAGUACUUGGGCUACUUGACCUCCAAGGACCUUUAUCCCGACUUCGCUCCUCACGACUUCCGGGAAUAUCUUGAGGAAGUUGUCCGAGGCACGGCCAAGGGUGUCUACACCGACCGGGUAAUCUCCAAGGCUCACCAACGGAUGUUCCCUCGGACUGAAUCGAGCGACUCGCUUUACACCCGGAUAUUCCCAAGAACGGAAUCUAGCGACUCCCUCUACAUGUCGAGGUAA